UGCCCAGCUGAAAGUGCACUCAACAGCUGAAACUUGCAAACAAACAACAUUUUGAUUCGAAACGGGACGUUCUUUGUGUGAUUCACUGUUAAGACGUGUAUUCGCCCAAAAUAUUUAAGUUAUUCUUAAACUGAGCACGAUUGUCAGUUGAGUGACUUUUUGUUUUCCUAACUUGUUUUAUUUAUUCUAUACUCGUGUGGUGCAUGUUGUGUGUCCGUCCUUAAUGAGGAGUUUUUAAUAUGAGCCAAUAACUUAUUAAUUAAAAUUGCAAACAGUUAAAUCCGAACGUCUCUGCAGUUGAUGUGCUCUUAUGUUUUGCUGUACACGAUUAACUCGACUUGGGGAGAGAAUGUCAAGUAUGAGCUCAACCCUGGUCGAAACAGUAAGCAUUAAUUAUGAAGAUUUCAAUGAAAGUUUUCUGACCUGCGGAACUUGCUUGUAUGGCUUAUGGAUUGGUGGAAGUAUGUAUGAUGGUAAUGAGCAUACACCUAAGCUUCUGCAAUGUUCUCACACAGUUUGUCUGCACUGCCUUACGAGAAUAGCCGCGUCACAAACGCGCGACACUGGCUCAUUUCGAUGUCCGAUUUGUCGAGAGUUAAUUACCAUACCAAGAGGGGGCGUACAAGCACUGCCACCAUCCUUUCUGGUCAACCAGUUGCUCGAUCUCAUGUCCAGACAGAGAAGGGAAGUUAUACCUAAAUGCUCUGUACAUCUUAACCAAGAAUUGUUGUUUUGCGAAACGUGCGAUACGGUUUUUUGUACGAUUUGCACGGGUGGCUCACACAACGAUUCGACAAGUACAUGCGCAGAACACACGAUUAUACCAUUUUCAAUAGCAAUUAAGAGAAUGUCGGAAAUAUUACUGUAUAAAGCUAACGAAUGUAUUUCAAAGUUAUCCCAAGCGCAAGAAGGGGUCGCCAAAGAGCUUCAGCGAUUAAACGACUCCAAGGAAGCAUGCUUGGAGAAGGUUAAUUCAACUUUUCAACAAUUACAGAUGAUGCUUGAUAAAAGAAGACAGGACAUGGUGGCUGCAGUGGAAGGACUUUGCGCGGAGAAACGAAAAGUACUUGAGGAACAACACUCUCUUAUAGAAGCCGAAAAGAAUAAGGUGGAACAAGAAUGUCAAGGUCUCCAGUAUCAAGUAGAAGUAAGAAAUAUAACGCAGAGGAUAGAAAGCUUAAGUGAAAAGUUGGACGCAGCUACAAACUUAGGGGAGCCGCGCGAAAAUUCCUUUUUGAGCUGUGAUUUUACGCACAACGAUUGUUUUUCGACAAUUGACCGGAACUUAAACGAUUUAGGUAGAGUACGAACAAGUACAACAUUUCCUAGCUUGUGUACGGCACAUAUUGAUGAUGAAGCUGUGGCCGGAAUCGAGGCCGUCGUUACAUUAUCAACUGUCGACUACCACGGUGAUCUCAGACGUACUGGUGGUGAUCCAGUACAAGCGGAAGUACUUGCAGUUGAACCGGAGGGUUCACCUGUUCCUCUUUCUAUAAAAGUGACUGACUGUGAUGACGGAACUUAUAAAUUGUACUUCAGGCCUCCUAAACCGGGAAGGUACGGCAUUAAAAUAGAGGUCUUUGAGCGCCCCAUCAAGGAUAACCCCCUCUACUUUGAUGUCACUGAGCACAACAAUCCCAUCCAAGUGUAUGGAGGUAGAGGUAGUGGAAAAGAUGAAUUUAUGCAACCAGUGUCAGUUGCCAUUGACGAUAUGGAUCAAUUGGUCUACGUUCUCGACACUGGGAAUUCUAGAAUUAAAGUGUUAAAUUACGAUCUUGAAUUUAUCAAGCACAUUACUAACGAGGGCUUAAAUGGACGUAGUUGUACAGGGAUUGCUGUCUCAAACCAUGGUUUGGUCGUGGUGAAUUGGCGAACGAAAGCCGUGACCGAAAUGACAAUAUUAGGACAAACUUUAAAAUCAUUUACCUAUAAUGCUUUUCAAGAACCGAUUGAUGUGGCUGUUGAUAAGAAUUAUGGGCAUAUUCUUGUGGCGGAUAAUGGGAUGAGGUGCGUCUUCGUUUUUGAUGCAGAAGGGAAAAUGCUAUUUCAAGUAGGUAAAAAGGGGUUGUUCAACCUAAUUUCAUCAGUAGCUGUUGGCGUUACUAGUGAAAUUGUCGUUGCUGAUUCACGUAUACAAGUGUUUUCGGCAAAAGGCGAUUUCCUGGAGGUUGUUUACGACGAAGGGAAAGGAAAAGGAAGAUACGGCGGAAUAGUUCUAGACUCUGAAAAUAGAAUUCUUGCCAGCAGGUCUGAGCAGAAGGGUCGAAACUACUUACAAGUGCUCUCUUUGACAGACAGCGCAUUGAAUAAUAUUCUGGAUUCCAAUGAAUCCAAACUGAAACGUCCUAGUGGUAUUGCAGUUACGUCAGAUAACCAUGUAAUCGUUGUAGAUUUGGGUAAUAACUGCAUUAAGAAAUAUCGAUACUGGUAAUAUUUGUUACUUACGAUUUUCAAAGUAUACUCUUUUAUUUUAUAUUUUUAUACAUAGUGUAAAUAAUCAAAUAUUUUAUAUGUGAAUACUCAAAGUGAAAGCUUUUAAAAUUUGGCAGUGUUUAAACUAUUUGUUAUAGAGUACUUAAUAAGCACAUAACAAUUGUUCUUAACAUUUGUUGAUUGAUAAAAAUCGUGGAAUUGCGAUUUUUAAAGAAAGUAUUAACGUUGUAGGUAGUUUGCAAUGUUGUCAGUUAUAAAAAUGUUACAAGUUUCUUUUUCUAGUCAUUAGU